UUGUUUGCGUGUAUCCACAUCGGGUUUUUAUUAUUUGUUUUUUUUUCUUGCUCAACAAAACAUGAUUAAUCCCGAUGAUGAUGAUGAUGAUGAAUUUAGUGCGAAUAAAGUUAUUAAUUUAGAUUCUUCAGAUGAUGACAUCAAUGAUAUUAGCUUACAAACGACAAAAAAACGUAAGCACAACGAAUCCGAUGAUGGCCGUGUUCAAAUCAAUCUGGACAAGACACUUAUUCCAAAAUCCAAAGAUAAGACAAUUGGUUUGGCUUUCAGUGGAGAAAAAUCUGAACUAGAAGCACUCGGUAUUGUAUCCUAUCAACAUUCAGUUUAUGAAGAAAAAUUUGUCGAUCAAAUAGAAAAGAAUGUUGAUGAAUUUUCUGAAAAACAACUUUCACAAAAUGAUGUUGACGAUAAUUCAGAUGAAAAACAAUCGAUCGUUGAACUUAGUGAACAAGAUGAAUGUAGUCAAGAAGAUGCUUCAACUUCUGGUAUUGAACCAUUAGAUGAUGAUGAUGAUGAAUUUACUCCUGAUGAUGGUCCAUCAUAUGUUGAUGAUUUAAACGAUUAUUUUGAUGAUGAUGUAGAUAGAUUUUUAGAGGCUCCCGAUAAUUGUAAUAUCGAAAUUUCGAGAAAAAAAUGUGAAAAAAUUGACGAUUCAAAAGCUAUCGAUAAUGUACGACGAAAUCGUAUUCGUGAUGAUGGUGAUAUUACAAUUUAUCGUGAACGUAUUGCGGCAUAUGAAACAAGCCGAUUACAAUCCAAUGAUGAUGAAUCAUCUAAUGAUAACGAUGAAGAAUUGCAUAGGAUUAAUGAAGAUUUUUCUAUACCAAAACGUGUUUGGGAACGUUUAUAUGAAUAUCAACAUGAUGCAGUUAAAUGGAUGUGUGAUUUGCAUAUUAAACUAUGUGGCGGAAUACUUGGUGAUGAAAUGGGCCUAGGCAAAACUGUUGAAGUAAUUUCAUUUCUUAUUUCAUUAUCAUUCUCUAAAUCAUACGAAGUAAGUGAAUGUUAUAAAUAUCUUGGACCCGUAUUGCUUGUAUGUCCAGCUACGGUUAUGUAUCAAUGGGUUAAUGAAUUUCAUAAAUGGUGGCCACCUUUUCGUGUUGCUGUUUUACAUCAAAGUGGUUCUUAUAAAGGUAAAAGCCGUACUAAAUUGGUGAAUGAUAUAAUCCAAACGAAUGGCAUAUUGAUUACAUCGUACAAAUCACUUGUGUGUUUUCAAAAGUAUUUGGUACCGAAAAAUUGGCAUUAUGUUAUACUGGAUGAAGGCCAUAAAAUACGAAAUCCAAUUGCACAAGUUACUCAAUGCUGUAAACUUUUUGAAACCUGUCAUCGAUUAAUAUUGUCCGGUACACCCAUUCAAAAUGAUCUCACAGAAUUAUGGUCAUUGAUGAAUUUUGUAUUUCCUAAUAAACUUGGUUCAUUAGAUUCAUUUAUGAAAAGUUUGGGUAUGGCCAUCAAAAAAGGUGGUUAUAGCCAUGCAACAGAACAAGAAAUUCAAGAUAGUUUCAAUUGUUCGGUGGUUUUACGUGAUUUAAUCAAACCAUAUCUACUUAGACGAACGAAAGAUGAGAUCAAAAAUAAUCUUUCAUUGCCACCGAAAAAUGAACAAGUUUUGUUCUGUAAAUUGACCGAUAUUCAAAAACAGUAUUAUCAAGAUUAUAUCAAUUCAGAAGCAUUUGCUCGAAUUGACAUGCAAAAAGCUUCAAUCUUUAAGGCAUUAGUUAAUAUACGUAAAAUCUGUAAUCAUCCAUAUUUGUUUUCAAAAGAAUGUAAUCCAGAUGGUAAAUUUGACAAAGAUUUUUUUAAAAUGUCUAGUAAAAUGGUUGUAGUAAAUGCUUUGCUUAAACUAUGGCACAAACAAGAUCAAAAAGUUCUCAUGUUCACUCAGGGUAGACAAAUGUUGAAUUUGUUGGAACGUUGGGUGAUUAAGAAAAAAUACAGUUACUUCCGUAUGGAUGGUACAACCUCGAUUAAUAUGAGACAAAGUUUGAUUAAAUCAUUCAAUGAAGAUGAAACAAAAUUCGUGUUUCUAUUGACUACACGAGUUGGUGGUGUUGGCGUUUCAUUAACCGGUGCCAAUCGUGUCAUUAUAUUUGAUCCGGAUUGGAAUCCAUGUACCGAUAUACAGGCUCGUGAACGUUGCUGGCGUAUUGGCCAACGGCGUGAUGUUAUUAUCUAUCGUUUGAUGACAUCAGGUACAGUGGAAGAAAAAAUCUAUCAUCGACAAAUAUUCAAACAAUAUCUAAGUAAUCGAAUUCUUCGUGAUCCUAAACAUCAAAAAUUUGUAAAAAUGAACAAUAUGCGUGAAUUGUUUACAUUAAGUGACUGUAGUGAAACUGGUCUUUAUUUCUAUGAUUCAAAAGUCAAAUUAAAUCGAAAGAAUAAUCAAAAAUUCGAUGAACUUCGGAAACAAUCGUCAUCAUCAACAAAUGAAAAAUCUCCGGGCAAAAAACUGCCAAAAAUACCAAAGAAAACUUAUGAUAAUUCAGAUAACGGUAAUCGAAAUAAAACAAAACUUAUCGAUUGGUCAAAUGUGAAGAUUGAAAUUUCUGAAGAACGGCGACGAGAACUACGUGAACAGGUGAAAAAGAUUUGUCAGAAACAAUUUGAAAAAAAUUCUUGUUCAUCCAGUUCAAAUGCUGUUGAAUCAUUGUCACAAUCAUCAAGUCAUAGUAAAGUGGAUUCUUCAUUGGAAAAUCCCAAUGAAUCAUUGUCUCAAAAUAAAUCAACAGAUAUUCAAUAUGUAAUCGAUAAUCGUCCUAAUGGUGUUAAGGUGAAAAUAUUGAGCGAAAAAAAGAAACAACAAUCCAAUUCUGCUAAUUUCGAAGGACAUCAAAUAAAGUAUCUGGUAAAAAAGGAAAAUUACAACGAAACAACAGUUAAAAAUUCAGAUUCGAUAAAAAAAUCGAAUAAAAAUGAAGAUUAUAUUCUAAGUAAAAUUUUUGGACGAUCAGUCGAAAGUGUUCUUCAACAUGACCGAAUUGAAUAUAAUCCAAUUCCAGACCAUUCACUCAUAGAAAAAGAAGCCAAAGAACUAGCUAAACAGGCAAUCGAAAAUCUUAAACAACAGAUUUUUAGUCAGCAUUCGUCAUCAUCAUCAUCAUCAUCACUAUCAACAACAUCCAGCAAUAAUAGAUUAUCAAGUUUAAUUAAACCUAGAUUGAAAACACUAUCAUCGAAUCAAGAAAAAAAUUUAAGUAGUAACAAUAUUUUACAGGAAAGAGCCAACAAAUUUAUCGGUCAAAAUGUUUCAAAUAAUUUGCCAUUGCCGAAUCAAUUCGAUGAAUAUAAAACAUUGGCAAUGGAUCUUUAUCAAUUUCUACGUGAUCAUAAUGGUCGUGUUUCCACCGAUACUAUUGUAGAAGAAUUUCGUCCACGAAUUCGUAACAAUCAAUCAGCCUCUUUCCGUGAAUUGUUAAUAAAUAUGGCUACCAUAGAAUCAGAUUGUUCCAUACAGAAUGAACGAAAAAGAAGUGUUGACAAAUAUUGGAAACUAAAAGAGGAAUUCCGUUUGCUUCCAUCAUCAUCAUGAAUAUUUUAUUUCCAUUUUCAUUGAAUUAGGAUUUUUAAAAUUUUUCUUUU